UGUACUUUAGGCAUCGCUUCUCAGGUGUUUGGGGUGACUCACUGUUCAGUUAGCGACGGACAAAGAUCUGCUCCAACUGUCCCUUAAGGGGUGGUUUACUGGAACCAAGGGUAGUCCACGUGCGCAAGUAGGUUGGACUGGUCAUCCCUCGAUCUACCUUUGACAUUGCAGAGCACCUGCUGGGUCUAGUUGUACCAAGCCAUCGUAUCACGUUUUUUGGUUCCCUUCACUAUUAUGAAUGACAAAGUGACAGUAGAUUCAAUCUUCGAGGAUGAGGAUGGGUCGAACGAUGAGAAGAAUUUACCUCGUCCACCGGAAGUGGGCCGAACCAACUGCGUGGUGUGCGGGGACAAGGCAUCCGGUUUUCACUAUGGUGUCUACAGCUGCGAAGGGUGCAAAGGUUUCUUCAGGAGAAGUGUGAAUCGAGGCUAUGUCAAAGCCUGCAGAUGGGGGAACACAUGCAGCAUGGACCUGCACUCCAGACGGAGGUGUCCUGACUGUCGCCUCAGGUCCUGUAAGGCCGCUGGGAUGAGGCCCGACUGUCUGCUGACCCAGGCCCAGUGCAGGUCGAAGGUGAUGUGGCGCCAGCGUCAAGCAUCAAAGUCAUCAGCGGCCGGAUCAAAGGGCGGAUCUGCCGGGACAUCUCCACUGUCCAGUCAGAGUGUGGCGUCCAACCAAAGCACGGAGGAACACUUCCCGUUCCCAACAGUGUCAGAAAUACCCACCACCGUCGACAACGGUCUUCAGUUGCCUGAGAGCGGUAACGUGCAGCCCUUCACGUCCGAGGCCGCAGACGACAGCAGCUCCCAACAGCUAUUUGAAGAGUUGAUGGCAUCGUUCGACGUCGGUUCGACGAAUCCGAUGUUUGCUCGCUCCGACUCUAUGGGCAGUGAAGACGUGCUGUCCUUCCUGUCGCUCCUGGACAAUGACUCAGAGCUCUUUCCGACUAUAGACCCAAGUGCCACGAACAGCGCUCCAACUGGCCAUCCAGCAACAAGCCAGAUUGCCAUCGUGGCCCCAUUGCAGGUAGAGGACACGUCUACACACACAGAGGCGUUCCCAGUUCUCCAAGCACAGCCAAACAGCUCAGAAAAUGUCGUCUCAACAAAAGAUAUACCCACUGUAUAUGCCAACGAUCAAUCACUGGGGUUAUCUCAUUCAGAUCCCAGCGUUAACAGCUUUCCUGGCAAAACAGAAGCACCAGCUAUGUCACAGACUCCAGAAAAGAACGACACCAAAGAUGGCGCCUCCGAUGAUCUUGUACGCCAGAAAAGCACCCCAGAAGUAUGUGGAACGAAAAAGAUGUUUGUAAGGCCUGGCAUAAUAGAAGAGCUUGCACCAAACCACCAGUUGAUGAUAUCGGAAAUUUUUGAAUACUGGAAGGCAAACGCUGCCGCAGAGGCCAAGUAUAACAAACUGUGUUAUGAGGAAUCGAUGAAGGAAGGGACUCCGGAUGAAAAACGGCGGAGAACCUUGCAUGAAGGAGACAUGUCCGUCAGGAGGUACGUGUCGUACUGCAAGUCGUUACGGGGCUUCAACGACCUGUCCAUGGCGGAUCAGAUAGGUGUCAUCAAGGGAUCUAUUUUCGAAUAUGGUAUCAUGAAAGGCACUACAUGCACUGACGAUUUCGCGUUCGACAAGUGUCGCCAAAUUGCACUGUUAUGGUACACUAAGGAAGUCACCAACAUGCUGAUGGAUUGGUACAAGGGGAUGAAGGAGCUGGAUGUGGACACGAUGACAAUCAACAUUCUCUGCUGUGUCAUCGUCCUGACACCAGAUCGGGACAACGUCAAUGACCGUGCGACCCUGGAGAGCGCGCAGCAGCUCUACAUCGACCUUCUCCAGGCUUACUGUAAGGUUGCCUACCCUGGCGAACCGGCGAUGUUCCCCCGUCUCGUCAGCAAGUUGGCUGAAGUCCGUAGUGUUGGGACAGGCUGCCAGACAGGGCUGCGGCCCGAAUGUAAGACUGACAUUAAAUCCCAGCCAUGCCUGUUAGAGAUUUACAGCAAGUAGCAGAGGAUGUGCCUUCUGCAAUGUAAUGUAAUGUAAUUUAAUUUCCUUUUGUAUGAUUUUUUUUAAAAGUCUCUUUCUUUGGAAUCAUCAGUGCAUUGGUGCUAAUUGUCCGAUGUUGAGAGGUUGGGCACUUGUUUCGUCUAUACGUGAAUGUACAUACCGAUAUGUUUUGCUGGAAUAAUUGGUUCUAAGGUUGUGAGCUAUGUUGGAGCUAUAGGUAUAGGGUUACCAUUGUGUGUUAUUGUUUUCUAAGUAGUGGAUUGACCAUGUCUAUCCGUCUGUACAUGUUAUUGAUAUGCUUCAUGUUUUGAUACUAAGUGAUGUGAAGUAUGUACUCGUACGUACACCAUGAUGUAGGUAUUGAAUAUCAUGAUCCUACUUCGUAGUUGAAAGGCGGUGUUUGGCCUAAGUUAGGUCAUUUGUACAUAUAUGUAUAUAUUGAUAAUACGUUUCAUUGUCACUAGGCUGUGGUAAAAUUGAUACUAACGUAGUUCUAACAAAGAUUUAAGACUUGCCAAGAUGCAAGACUUUUCUUAACAGAUAUUCGAGGUUUGAAGGGGCCUAUAACUUCUAAGACGAAACUUGUAUUUGUUGUGUUUUCACGGGCUCUAUAUCUUGUCAAACGAGUCUUUCCUAGCAUAUUUGCACCAUGCACGAGAUCAUACUUACUAAUCAAGUGUUCAAUGUACAAGAGUAACGUUUUUGAUACUCAAAAUCUGACCUAAUGAGUGUUCGGUACGAUUUUUAAUGAGUUUACGUAAUAGAUUUAAGAUGGGAUCGUUAACAAAUAGUGAUGAUGUAAUAUAGACUGUUCAAAAGACCACUGUCUUUGUCAAGGACAUAGACGAUAGCGGGGAGCGGUGGAGUCUACUAGGGGCUUUGGAAAAUUCACGUGGUCUUCAUGAUCCAGUCGUUGCUAUGUAGCACUGCCGUGUUUAGAUGUUUUGACACUACUAUUCCAGUUUCCAAUUAGCCAGUCCACAAUUGUCAGUUAGGCCGUUGUAAGUUAUCGAUGUAAAGUUUUGUGCUGUUGUCAUUAAGAAGAAAACCUUUUUGUAAGACAUUGUAUAUAAGUGGGAAUUUCAAUAAAUGCCUCUCUGUGGUA